CCUAAGCCUAGCAAGUAACAGCACCACUCUUAGUCUCUCAUAGUCUCUCUCUAACGAAGGAACAUCAAUCCCCAAUCCCCAAUACACAGCCGUCAAGCCCCUUCCUCCCAGCAGUGUUUUCCUUCACCGUCGCCAACUCGCCGAACAGAGCCUCGCGGACAGCACCUCGGCGCGGUCCUCUCUCCCUCCCUCCCUCCUUCGCAGUUCACAGUUGCCGUUUCCCUUCCUCGCGUCGCAACUUCUCCCUUUCCCUCCCUCGCUCUCACAGCCUCUCCCUUCCUACUGUGCUGGUGCUGCUGUUUUAAUUUGUAAAAUAGAAGAUUCGCCUUGAGCAGGAGAAUGAAGGCGUUCCUAGCACUGCAAUUCGCGAGAUUUCUCUCCUCAAGGAAAUGCAGCACAUGAAUAUUGUUAGAUAACUGGCGUGUGAAGGCCAUCCGUAGAAAGACCACUGACACUGGCAGGAUGAGCUACCUCCAUCACGUGCCUUGCUGAUUCAAGAGCGGCUUCAGAGAAGGUACUGAAGCUGCACCAAGGAAGAAGGGAGCAGCUGCAUCUGAAGAGACUGUACAUGGGAAUCGUCAUCAUCUUGGUCAAGCUCUUCUGGAAGAAACCAGAGCAGCGUUACAAGUAUGAACCCGUCCAGGAUGAUCUUGAACUUGGAAGCUCCAAUUUCCCUGUGGUUCUCAUCUAGAUUCCAAUGUUCAAUGAGAAAGUAUACAAGGUGUCAAUUGGUGCAGCUUGUAAUCUUUCGUGGCCUGCUGAUCGUCUUGUCAUCCAAGUUCUUGACGAUUCUACUGAGCCUGCAAUCACUGUAGUCUUAUUAUUGGUCAAUGCGGCUCUCUGGUUUGAGUGGAGCAAGAUCCAGACGCCUACGGAUGAAGUUGUUGUGCCUUAUGAUAGUCUAGCUCCAACUCCUGAAGGUGAAAGGAUGCACUUCAGCUUUGCUGCAAUUUGCAAAGACAACAAACAUCUCCGUUCUUUUGGAAGAAAGAUCACCCAAUGCAGUGCAAGAGAAAGGUUUUAAUUUUGAUGAUACUAGGAUUAUGAGAGGAGCAUGGAGGAAUGAGUCUAAUCCUGAUAUCUGCAAGAAGAAGCUAUACAAAGUUUGUCAACUGUGUCCAUGUGUCAUGAGAACAUACAACUGAACUUGAUCAGCUGGGUAACUUAGAAUUCUGUUACUUAUUUAUUUAGGGGUUGGUCUUUCUUGUUGGUCUCAUGAUCUAUAAUUUCUGCUUUUAUAUAGUUUCAAUAGGCACUCUAUUUUAUCUUUAACCUUUACGCACUGAAAUUUCACUUUGCAUGCUUUCCACGUUGGAGGAGUUGGCCUUUACGUUUUCUUUUUGUCUUUGAAAAAUAAAUUUUCUUACAAGAGAAUUUGUGAUUCUUAGUUCUUCUCAUCUUCUGAACAACUUGACUUAUUUGGCUCAAUGAUACUGAUGCAAUAGUUUUGAAUAAUCUUACUAUGGAGUAUGGACACAUGCUACAAAAGAAAAGCAUAUUGCUUUCUUGACAAAUUUUGUUAUAAAUUGAGAAAGUGGUCUAUCCACUUGGAUUUGAUGAUGAAAGCUCAUAUGCUAAUCUAUUGUGAGAUCUUUAUCUGCUGCAAUUUUAUGGUUGUUAAUAAUCUUUAGGUUUAUACUAUGUAGUUGGUAAUAAGAAUAAGAAUGUCAAGCCCCUUAUUUUCGCAUAGUAACCAAGUGUAAUGUCUAUAUUGCCUAAUUUUCAACUAGCGGGCAUAAUCUAGAUCCUUCAUCUUAAAUACUAAUAUUUGCUCGAAGAGAAGAUGCUUUUGUUCAACGAUGUAGUGUUUUAUAUUGUAUCUUCCUUUUUUCUGGUAAAAUGCUUUACUUACAAGAAAAAACUGCUUACUUUCUUUGUGCUCGUGUGAUG